AUGUCACAGGUGGCGAGCCUGGCUUGCUCCAAAGUGCCGGGAUUUGUGGAGGUGCAGGUGGAUUUCGACCCGUCGCCGAGUUCCUCCCUCAGGGUGGAGGUCACGGCCUCCAGCGCCUCGUUCAGCUGGCGGAGCCCGGCCGGGGAGCACGGCUGCUCUCUGAGGCUCAGCGGCCACCUGUGGAAGGUGCCGCCUCACAGGAACGCGUACCGCCUCACCGGCCUGCGGCCCGCCACCCUCCACAACUUCACCGUGGAAUUUAGGACCCGCGUCCCGGGCCUCGACGUCACGCUCACCCGGAGACUGAACGUGCUGCUUGAAACAGCGCAUUGCCCGGCAGGCUGGGUGCACUCAGACAGCAGCUGCUUGAGAGCUUGGAGGCGGGGCCGCCCGUGGGUGGAGGCGGGGCGGGCCUGCAACGCUGCAGCUUCGGGGUCUCACCUGGCCGACAUGGAGAGAGAGGAGGACUUCCUGUUUAUCUCCUCUUACCUGAGGGCGCUCAACCACAUGGUGCUGGUGUGGACAGGUCUGAAUGACCUGCAGCAGGAAGGACAACUGCGAUGGACCAAUGGCGUUGCCUACAGCCUGAGCAGCACAGUGACAUCAUCCUUGCCAGCCAAUCAGACAGACUGCUUUGCCCUGCAGAUGAACGCAACAAGUCCCAGUUACUUUUUCACUGGAUUCUUCUGCUACAUGCCCCUGCCAUACAUGUGCCAGUACAGAUUUCCCUCAGCCCCGCCGCGCUUUGCCUUGGUGCUGGAGGCGGUGCGGGAGACGGAGGCUCUGAUUGGCUGGAGGGACGACGUGGAGGACUGGAGGCAGACAGGGGGCGCCGCGGAGCUGUUCCUGCAGUACCAGGAGGACGCGCCCGUCGACCUGCCCCGCGUCAGGGAGGUGCAGCCGGGCAGCCGCGGGACGGCCGUGCGGGACCUCUCACCCGGGCGAGCCUACCUGUUCUCCCUCAGAGCCAAACACCGGAGCGGAGCCACCCAGAUCCUGGGCUCGGUGCUCAGGGUCCUCACGCGACCCAGCCCUCCUCAGACUCUCGCUGUGAGCAGAGUCACCCCGACAGAACUGGCUGUACAGUGGACCGCCCCUAACUCCUCCCACAAUGCCCUGUUCCACCAAUACCAGCUCAGCUGGGAGGAUGCGGUCACAGGUGCGAGGCGGAGUCUGGCGGUGCACAACCACAUCACGUCAGCUGUGAUUGGAGGGCUAAAGCCGUACCACGCUUACGCCGUGAGCGUUCAGACCUCAACAGAGAGGGGCGUCACCAGCUGUGGGACUGCGUCCCUGACUGUGGUGACAGAGGUCGGAGAGGACAACGUGACAGUCCUGUGGGACCCGCCACAGGGAGAGGGGGUCGAUGGGUAUUUCGUGCAGGUCAGAGCACACGCUGAGGCAGCCGGCCCCAGGGAGUUCUGGGUAAACGACUCCCUCAGCUAUCAACUGAACGCCCUCACUCCAGGCAGGAAGUAUGAAAUCGGGGUGGCGGCGGUGAAGAGGGGCAACAGGAGUGAGGCGACGACCAUCCUGCACACGCAAAGGCCCAGAGCGGUGGAGGCGGUGCUGCCGUAUGAACUGGGCAGCCACCAGGUGGCGCUGUUCGUGCAGAGGCCGGCGGUGGGGGAGCUGGACGGGUUCACCGUGCUGUGGAAGGGAGGCAGACAUUUUCACCCUCUGUCUGAGGGGGAGGGCAGAGUCACCAUCCCGGGCCUGAGCCCCGGGACCGUGUAUCGCUUCUCCGUCUACAGCAGCAGCUACGGCGUCGACAGCACUGCCUACAGCGUCUCAGCAGUGCACACGAGCCUGGUCGCUCCGGCUGCCCUUUGGGAAGGUGCGGUGACAGACUCCUCCGUGGAGAUCCUGUGGGACAAACCAGAAGGACCACGCCAGAGCUAUGAGGUCAUCUGCAGCAACUGCUCUGCUGCUGUGCAGGUGCAGAAGGUGUCUGAGGAGCGAGCCGUGUUUCGGGGCCUGGCUCCCGGACAGCCGUUUAAUUUCUCCGUUCACACGGAGAAGGAGGGGUUUGCCGACAGCCCUCACGUGUUCCGCAACAUCAGAACAGCUCCCAGAGCCCCGAAAUGGCUGUCACACAGUAAGACCCACACCUCUGUGACGGUCCGCUGGUUGCUACCUCCUGGGGUGGUCGAUGGCUUCGUCCUGUCCAUCGCAAACGGCACUUACAAAAUGGCGGAAAACUUCACAGCUUCGGACCAGAGAAUGCACCAGUUUUUAGGCCUCUCACCUGGCAGUGACUACAGGGUGGAUUUAUUCAGCAGCAGUGGGGAGAAGAUGAGUGUCCCCGCCACUUUAAACCUGACUACAGCCCCAGCUGUGCCUGAGGACCUGACCCUCAUCCAGCAGAAUGAAGACUCCAUGUUUGUCACCUGGAGACCGCCCCAGGGACUGGUGGAGGGAUACCAGCUGGGCUACGGGGUCUCAGCCGCACAGGUGACCCGGAGGAAGCUUCGAGCCACGGAGGGCAACACCAGCGUGGAGAAGCUGACCCCGGGGGCCGAGUACCAGUUCACUCUGCGCUCCUUCAGGGGGGAGGAGACCAGCGAGCCGGCCUCCCAGCACGUCCUCCUCCGGCCUGCGCGGGUCUGCUGCGUGUCUCUGAUGCACGUUAACUCCUCGUCCGUGGGCUUGGCGUGGGAGCCGGCCGAGGGCCAGUUUGACCACUACCGGCUGACGAUGACCGGCGCCUCCGCGACGCGGGAGGUGACCCUGCCCAGGGAGAGCCUCUCCUACACCCUGUCCGGCCUGCGGGACGGCUGCACCUACAACCUGACCGUGGGCCGAGUCAGCCGCGCGGUCAGAGGGGCCGCGGCCCGGCUGACCGUGACCGCAGUACCAGCGAAGCCCCAGGCUCUGCGUGUCUCCAGCGUUUCCUCUCACAGCUUCUCUCUGCGCUGGGCUGGACCGUCCGGCUGUGUGGACCGAUACCACGUGGACCUGAACCCGGCCCACGGCCAGGUCACAGUGCACCGCAUGGAGAACGGAGAGAUACAGUCUGCCUGUAGCCGGCCGAGCCCUCGCGCCAGAACCGCCAUGCCCUCCACCGCCGCGCUUGUGCUCAGGCUCUCCCUGCUCGCGGCUCUGCACCCGCAGCCCGCCCAGGCAGAUGUGGUGUCGGUCACCCCGGGGAUGGCGUACAGCACCGCGGUGUCUGCGGUCGCCUCGUCUGCAUUCAGCCUGCCGGUCAGCCGGUCCGUCACCACGCUCGAGUCCAUACCGGAGCCCCCGACUGGCCUGCUCGGGGAGAAAGUGGGGUCCACAGGCAUCCUACUGGCCUGGACCGAGCCCCCCGGAGUCAAAGGGACGAUUCUCAAAUACAUCAUCAAGUACAAAGAGGUGUGUCCCUACCCGGAGGAGAACUUCAACCAAAUCGCCUCGCUGUCUCAGGAGUUCCUACUGAACACCCUCACCCCGGGGUCCGCCUACAACAUCAAGGUUGCGGCAGAAAAUGGCGCUGGAGUUGGAGUCUUCAGCAAGCCCCUGUUCUUCCAAACAGCAGAGGCUACCCCCGGCCGGGUCGUCAACUUCACUGCGGUUCCUCUCAAUCACUCGGCCGUUAAGGUCAGAUGGUUCCUCCCCAAACUCAUCAACGGGCUCAUCACCAAGUUCUCCGUCCGAGCCAAACUGGUCCGCAGCAACAUGGAGGUCCGCAAUCUGGAGUUGAACGCUGAGGACAUCAUGGACGGAGUGAUACCUCACUGCAACAACGCCGCGGACAUCCUGACUCGGGGCACUCCCAGCCCCUGGGAGAGCUCCAUGCAGACCUCAGCGUCCGCUCCGCCGGUCACUCUGUCGGCCGUGCCGCCCGCCGCCUCCUGGAACAUCCCCAUCAGCGUGGUGGUGGGCCUGCUGCGGCCCUACACCACCUACGUCUUCGAGGUCUCGGCCUCCACCGGCGAAGGAGAGGGUCAGGCUCUAGGCUACAUGGUCCGCAUGCCGGAAUCAGCUCCUGAGGAUCCACCACAAAACCUGUCUGUGGUGGACAUCACCUCCAAAUCCUUCCUCCUGACCUGGGACCCGCCCACCAUCCCCACGGGGCGUUUCUCCUACGUCCUCGAGCUGAACGGACCCACCGGUUACCUGUAUGAAAACACCACCGGCGAGAUGGAAAUGACGUACGACGGUCUGCUCCCGUACAGACGGUACCGGGUACUGGCUCGAGCGGUGUCCAAUUCGGAGUUAGGCCCGGAAGCAGAGAUCAGAGUGCUCACUCCUGCUGAAGCACCCAGUGCCGUGAUGGAGCUGCUUGCCACAGCAGUAGAUGCCACUUCAGUGGAGGUGUCCUGGAGAAGCCCCGCCCAGCCCAACGGACUCAUCACACAGUACAAGAUUCUGGUUCUGGCCCACGCAACAGUAGUCCAGAACAUAACUCUCAUCGGACAGGAUCUGAACGAGACGGACUCUGAGGGCGACGGAGCGUCGCAUCGCGGCAAGCGGGACACCUCCGUCGCUCUGCUCCGCCGCUUCCGAAGAGACGCCCACACCGCGCCCACCGAGCCCCCGGCUGGGGUCACCUCUGCCUACUUCCUGUCCCCUUCCGGCGUCACUAACCAGCCUGGCACAGCGACAGACAGCACCAACCCCACGGCCGCUGCCCCAAUCACCUCCACCCCGCCCGUCUCUGACGCCCCAGUCACCUCCACCCCGCCCAUCUCUGACGGCCCAAUCGCCUCCACCCUGCCCGUCUCUGACGCCCCAAUCGCCUCCACCCUCUCUGCGACCGCUUUCCCCUCCGGCUCCGCCCUCUCCCUCAGCCCCGCCCCCGACAGCGCGUCGUCCCUCCCCUGGCUGACGGACUCCACCCCCGGCACGGAGCUCCAGACCCCGGGCGCCGCCGCCCUGACCCACCCCGCCGAACCCUCGCCCGCGGGGGGAGACGAGGUCUCGCCGGCCGGCCCCCGCGGCUCCAGCCCCGCCCUGCCGCGCUCCACGCGCGCGGCUGUCACCGCCGACGUCCCGGCCUCCGCAGCCGCCAUGGUGUCCAGCACGGAGGUGAUCGACGUCUCCGCCGAUAACAUCUCGUACGUGGUGACCAACCUCAGCCCCUUCACGGAGUACACCUUCAGCGUCUCCGCAUUCACCACGGUGGGGGAGGGCCCCCUCGCCCAGACCACUGAGAAAACCAGAGAGCAAGUGCCGAGUUCAGUACAGAACGUCUCCUACCAGAACAUAAGCUCCUCCUCCAUCCUGCUGUCAUGGGAACCGCCAAUCAAUCCCAACGGCAGGAUCACGCACUACACCGUCUACGCGCUGGACCUGGACACCAAGGAGGCCUUCCAGAGAGCCACCAACGGGACCAGCAUAGUCCUCUCAGAACUGAAGAAGUACGGCAGUUACAAGCUCCGCGUGGCGGCCUCCACAGCCGAAGGACAGAGCUCCCUCUCGGAGGAAGACGACGUCUUCGUGGUCACGCUGGAGGACGAACCGGACUCCCCGCCGGUCAACCUGUCGGUCGCCAGCGUCAGCGCCUCCUCCGCCACGAUCACGUGGUCCCCCCCGGUCCUGGCCAACGGGGUCAUCCAGUUCUACGAGAUCCAGUACCGGAACUCCACCAUGAGCGCGACGGUCAACUCCACGUCCCCCAGCGUGUCCCUGGAGAGCCUGAAGCCCUUCUCCUUUUACAACCUGACCGUGAGAGCGUUCACCAAGCGCGGUCACGGCGACCAGACGUCCGAGGUGCUGGCGGUGCUGAGCGGCGAGGACGUCCCAGGCAGCCCCCCCUUUGGCCUGGCGUACGAGAGCCUGAGCUCCAGCGAGGUCAACGUCACCUGGGAGGCGCCGCUGCUUCCCAACGGCGUCAUCCUGUCCUACAGCGUGGAGUACUGGAACUCCACCCACUUCCUGAACGCCACCACGCCCGCCGCCUCCGCCCGCCUCUCCGACCUGCGCAAGUACGCGCGCUACGGCGUCCUGGUGCGAGCCUCCACCCGCGCGGGCAGCGGCAACCACACCAGCGACGUCCUGAACGUCACCACCCUGGAGGACGUACCAAGCUCUCCCCCACGAUUCCUGAAAACCAAGAAGGUGUCGGACAACCAAAUAGAGUUGUUCUGGUCGCCCCCACUUGAGGCCAAUUCCGAAAUCCUGUACUACAUCGUCUCUGUAUGGAACGAGACUUCCAUGUCCACCUACAACGUGACGGUCACGUCUGUGAUCCUGGAGGUGGACGAGGACAGCCAGUACAAUGCCACCGUGUCCAGCUGGACCCGUCUAGUUCCGACCGAUCCCCCCCAGAACGUGUCCUACGUCAUUCUGAGCCCAACCUCCAUACAAGUGCGGUGGUCCCCUCCCACCCAGCCGAAUGGGGUCAUCGAGUUUUACACCAUUUACUACACUGACAAUUCCACUGUACUCGCUCAGAGAGUCAAUGUCUCGGAGGGGCCCCCAGGGGGCGCCGAGUCCCAGUUCUCGGCUGUGCUCGAGGGCCUGUCCAAAGGCACAGAGUACAGUGUGUGGAUGAGCUCCAGCACCCCGCACGGCGAGGGCGACGCCCGCAGUGACAUCGUCAACCUCUACACCAUGGAGGACGUACCAGACGGGCCCAUCUACAACCUGACGGCGAAGAACAUCAGCUCCACCAUCGUCCUGGUGACCUGGGAUCCGCCCCUGUCGCCCAACGGCAAGGUGACCUACCACCUGAGCCUGGAGGAGGAGCACAAGACUCAGCUCAGCUCCAACGAGACCCUCAGAGAGACCACCACCGAGCUGGCCUACCUCUUCACCAAGCGGAGGAAGUACACCCUCUACAGGCUGACGGUGACACCGGCCACGUCUGCUGGCUCCGCCGUGAACAGCACCAGCGUGUUGUACCUUAGGACACAGGACGACGUGCCCAGCUCUCGUCCCAUCUUCAAGUCCAGUCGGAACGUCUCGUCCUCCUCUAUCUAUCUGUCCUGGCUUCCUCCGCUGGAGCCCAACGGCAUUCUGACAGAGUACAGCGUGGUGCUGCAGGGGCCAGGGGGGGCCAACACCACCCUCACCCCCAGCACCAGCUUGACCCUCACGGGCCUGCUCGCCUUCAGCCCCUACAACGUCUCCAUCGCCGCCGGCAACAGAUGGGGCCUCGGCCCCUCCCUCACGCUGCUGCUGCACACCGACGAAGCAGGCCCCGCUGCUCCGCCCAGGAGGCUGAGUGUCUAUAACCACACCGCCAGCUCCGUGUGGCUGGUGUGGGAGGCCAGCCCGGAGCCCAACGGCCUGGUGCAGUUCUACGGGUUCAGGAUCCUGGAGCUCCGCAGGCAGGCUCUGACCUUCCAGAAUUCCUCUGGGCCCUCCACGCGGGCGGAGCUGACGGGGUUCCGGCCGCACAGCGUGUACGAGAUCAGCGUCAGCAGCUUCACCAGGGCGGGCAAUGGGAACCAGUACAGCGACCCCGUCACCUUCACAACCAACCAAUCAGUGUCGGAGGCCGUGAGGAACCUGUCGUGCAGUGGGCGGGGCUGGGACUCUGUGUUUCUGGAAUGGGAGGGGCCGGACGAGCCCAACGGCGAGCUGACCCACUACCUGGUCCGGUACGGGGAGGAAGAGGAGGAGGAGGAGGAGGAGAUCGAGCCCCAGGCUCUGUGGCACACACUCAGCGGGCUGCAGCCCCACACGCACUACAGCUUCCUGCUGAUGGCCGUCAACUCCGCUGGGCCUGGGGACGGGCUGUCCUGCAACGCCAGCACAGAGCCCGAAUCAGUGCCCGGGCCCCCGCGCCACCUCAACGUGACCCGGGUGGAGCCCACCGGCGUGACCCUGAGCUGGGCGGCGCCGGAGAGCGUCCCGGGCCGGCUGCAGGAGUACAGGGUCCGGGCGCAGCUGCUGUCCGGGGACUGCCAGGCCUGGGGGCCCCCCGCCUGCGUGGGGGCGGAGACGCUGGCGUACGCCAACGGCAGCGCGGAGGAGCUGGCCCUGGAGUCUCUGCGCAAGUACAGCCGGUACCGCUUCAGCGUCUCCGCGCGCACGGGGGCCGGGUACGGAGACGGGUCCCCCUGGGUCACCACCCGCACCCUGCCCGGCGACCCUGAUGUCCCUCCUCGCUCUGUCUCUGUGACGGCCUCAUCCACCGCGGUAAAGAUUGAGUGGGAGGAGCCUGAGCAGCUGGCAGGCCCCACCUCCUAUCUCAUCCACAUCGUGGAUGGGCCGGGUGUUAACCAGACCCUGGAGGUCGACCCUGAGGAGAAGCAGGCCGUGACAGUGUCCAACCUGACUGCCUACACGGUGUACCAGGUGACCGUGCUGGCGUUCACAGGCAACCGCAGCACAGCCUGGCAGUCCGGCAAGGCCAGUGAGCCCGUGUUCAUCAGAACCCAGGAGGACCAACCGAAAGACCCCCCCAAAAACGUGACCCUGGAGUUGAUCCCGGAGGAGGUGACCAGUGUGUAUGUGACCUUCUCUCCACCCGCCGAACCCAACGGGAACAUCAGCGGCUACCAAGUGAGGAUCUACAGAGACGACCAGCUGGACUUCCAGAUCGCCAAGCUGCCCAUCAUCCGCACCCGAAACCAGACCAUCACCGGGAUGAUCAAGGGCCUGAAAGGAGGCUACAAUUACAGAAUAGUGAUCUCUGCGGUGAAUGGGGCCGGACUGGGCCCCAGUUCAGAGGUCGAACUCACAACUGAAAUCACAGCUCCCCCGAAGCCUACCCAAAAGCCACAGGUGGCCGUGGACAAACACGGGGUCCUCCUGGUGACCGCCAGGACCAUGACCAUCAUGGUGCCCACGUGCUUCUUCUCCGACAGGAACGGGCCCAUCCAGAAGCUCCAGGUCAUCGUGGCGGAGGAGUGGGUUAUGGAUGACGGAAACUUGACCAACUGGAAAAACGCCUUCAACUACAGGCCGGCGCCCUACCUGACGGACGAGGGUUUACCGAAUCCCACCUGCUUUGAGGACGUGGCCCGCAGAGCCCCCAACGUGGACACCUACAUCAUCGGAGAGGACGACAGCUGCAUGGCGCAAGAGGACAAUGCCCUCUGCAAUGGGCCCCUGAAACCCAAAACCCCCUACGUAUUCAAAUUUCGAGCGGUGAACAGCAAGGGUCAGUUCACGGAUUCGGACUUCUCGGAGCGCACCAGAACCACAGGCGGCCACCAGUUGACUCGGGACGAGGAGAUCAUCCUGGGGGUGCUGCUGUCCUUCUUCCUGGCUGUGCUGCUCAUCCUCAUCAUCUACGCGUCCGUACGAAUCCACCAGAAGCAGAAGGAAGGGGGCACCUAUUCGCCGCGCGAGGCCGAGAUCAUCGACACCAAGUUCAAGCUGGACCAGCUGAUCGCCGUGGCCGACCUGGAGCUGAAAGAGGAGAACCUGAACCGGUACUCCUCCUUUUUCUUUAGACGGAAGGAAAUAUUUGUCAUCCAGCUUCUCAGUUAUAGAAAAUCCCUCAAGCCGGUUAAUAAGAAGUCGUUUCUGCAGCACGUGGAGGACCUGUGCGCCAAUGAGAACGUCAAGUUCCUGGAGGAAUUCUCCGAACUCCCCAAACUGCUGCAUGACCUGGCCACCUCGGACGCCGACCUGCCCUGGAACCGCUCCAAGAACCGCUUCACCAACAUCAAGCCCUACAACAACAACCGGGUGAAGUUGCUGUCGGAGCCGGGGGUGCCUGGAUCAGACUACAUCAACGCCAGCUUUGUCUCGGGCUACCUGUGUCCCAACGAGUUCAUCGCCACGCAGGGGCCCCUGCCGGGCACGGUGGCCGACUUCUGGAGGAUGGUGUGGGAGACGCGCUCACGCACCAUCGCCAUGCUCACCCAGUGCUUCGAGAAGGGCCGGAUUCGAUGCCACCAGUACUGGCCUGAGGACAACAAGCCGGUCACGGUGUUCGGAGACAUCGUCAUCACCAAGCUGUCAGAGGAAGUGCGUCCGGACUGGACCGUCCGCGUUCUCAAAGUGGAAAGGCACGGGGACUACAUGGUGGUGAGCCACUUCAACUUCACGUCCUGGCCGGAGCACGGCGUGCCCGAGUCCAGCACCACCCUGAUCCAGUUUGUGCAGGCCAUCCGCGGACACAGGGAGCAGGACAACACCACCAUGGUGGUGCACUGCAGUGCGGGCGUGGGCAGGACAGGCGUGUUCAUUGCGCUGGAUCACCUGGUGCAGCACGUGCGGGACCACGACUUCGUGGACAUUUACGGGCUGGUGGCAGAGCUGCGGAGCGAGAGGAUGUGUAUGGUGCAGAACCUGGCCCAGUACAUGUUCCUGCACCAGAGCACGCUGGACCUGCUCAACAGCAAAGGGAACAGCCAGUCCGUGUGGUUCGUCAGCUACUCCGCUCUAGAGAAGAUGGACUCCCUGGACGCCAUGGAAGGCGAUGUUGAACUUGAAUGGGAGGAAACAACCAUGUAGGACUACUUCUGUCUGCUUCCACUUCAUCUUCAGUGACUGAACUGUUUAGAGUCUAUGCAUCGGGACCGUGGCUGCCAAAAAGACUGUAUAUAUUAUUCCAUUAAAGCUCUCUGCUGUAACACUGCCCUGUCAAACACUUCAGACAACAACGAAUCUUCCUUUUGUACAUGAACUUCCGCGUAUUUAAAACAGUGAGAUAUGCACUGACAACUUCAGCUCUUUGUACUUCCUAUACAAAUUCAGAUAUUAUUAUGAUUAUUAUUAUUACUGUUGUUGUUAUUAUUAUUGCUGUUGGUUGAGUUGUUGUGAAUGUAUUGCGUUUUGUAAGAUAAAUGAAGCCAAAGGAGUCCGUGUGUCAGG